UUUUUGUUUAGAUUCGAUGAUCCUGGUUGCUAUUGUUUUGUUAAAGAUAAGGUAUCAGCGUAAAUAAGGCAGUGAUCGUAGUAAUAUUAACCGUAACUCGUAUUGACCUAAUAACUUGAUAAGAAGUAGCCACGUAAUAUCUCUCAAGGUGAACUACACUCACAAAAAAGCUUGAAGAAGGAAUGUCUCUCAAAGAAUAUGUUUUCACAGAUGAUUUUGAAGUAACAGAUGAAGUGAAACAAGAUUUUGAUGAAGCUGGCUAUGUCAUUCUAAGAGGUCUGCUGGACAAAGAAGAGCUUCUCAAAGUCAAAGAUGCACUAGAGGGCACUGAUGCACUUCUAAAAAACUCAUUCCAGGUCAAUGACAGCGAGGGCCGCAAGAGUCGGCUCUGUCUGUGGAGUCACCCAGGAAAUGAUGUCACAGGGAUGGUUGGACGCUGUGAAAAAGUGGCUGGUACCUCGGAAAAACUUCUGGGUGGGGAGGUCUAUCACUAUCACACCAAGCUGAUGAUGAAGGAACCAUUCACAGGUGGAGAGCAUGUCUGGCAUCAGGACUAUGGCUACUGGUAUAAAAAUGGCUGCCUAUUCCCUGACAUGUUGACUGUUUUUAUUGCCAUUGAUAAAUGCUGGAAGGAGAAUGGAUGUUUGCAGAUUCUCCAAGGGUCACAUAAGUGUGGCAGGAUUGAACAUGUGAUGGUGGGGGGACAGACAGGUGCUGAUGUAGAGAGAGUUGAUCAGAUCAAGAAAGUUCUGCCUCUACAUUUUGUGGAGUUGGAACCUGGAGACGCUCUGUUUUUCCACUCUAAUCUACUGACACGCCCCUCUGUUCUGCAGGAGACGCUCUGUUUUUCCACUCUAAUCUACUGCACAACAGCGCCCCUAACCAGAGCCCACAUCGCAGAUGGGCUUUUCUCUGUGCCUACAACAAAGCCAGCAACAACCCUGUGUAUGAGCACCAUCACCCCCAGUACACACCUUUGAUCAAGGUGCCCAACUCCGCCAUACGUGAGUGCACCAACAUUACGGACAUGAGUGACAAGGAUUUUAUGGACCCCAGCCAGGACAAGACCAUUGUUUCCAACAAGGGAGAGAAGUGACCUGCACGUCUGACAGUCGGCCAUGUUGAGUGUCUCACAACAUUGUGCCUCACAACACUCCCCAUGUAACAUCAUUCAUCCUUCAUUUGAGUGAACUUUUUGGUCACAUGAGUGACUUGCUUCAUACAUUGAAUGGAAAUGUAAAUAAAUUGAUAAUUUGUUGUUUUUAAAUUUAAAAAAUUUGAACCAAGCUUUAGGGGCUGGGCUAGAGAACUGAAAUCAUUUAAGAAUGGUGGAUUUGUGUUACAUUUUUUUCUAUUGCUUUUUUGCAUCUAAUAAUUGGUCAUCUACUUAGUAAUUUUUUUUCUUCUAAAUGUUCAUUUUCCCCCCACUUUUUUUAUCCUUACCAAUUUUGUCUGGUUUUUUCCCCCUUUUUUUUAACCCUACCAAUAAUGUCUAUACCAAAUGAAGAUUAAGCUGAAUGCUGGAUGAGCAUUAGCAUUUAAUUGAUUUCACAUAUUGUACAAAUGUUGAUGUAGCAACUUAUUGUAUGUUACUAAUUUACUGCCAGGUUUGAUUAUAUUAUUUCUAUUCAAGAUUUUAAAAGAUUGUCUUAUUAAUUCACUACUGUUCAUAAAAAUUAUAAACCGGGAGUGAUCUCCCCUAAAGUUUCACGAAUAUUCUUAUAUAAAACAACAGGGGAUGGGAACUCGGAAUAUAGUUAUGAUUUUUAAUCCAUUUUAAAUACUUAAACUUUUUAAAAUAGAAUAGAAUCUCAUACAAAAAAGAAUUUCUACCAAGCGAUCGCCAAAACAAAAUGUGCAUAAUAGUGCGGAAUAUUAUUAGUACUUUAUAAAUUUACAAGCGUUUUUUGAGAAAUCGGAAAUAGCGUAAAUUACUACUUCCAGUCAAUGGAAAUAACUCAAAAUUUGAAAGAAGGUAGAGGAUUAAAUCUUUUACUUACAUGUGAAAUUUCAUAUAUCUAUCUGAAAUAGUACUCAAGUUAUAGGCUUUUGAAAAAUUCAAAGUUAAAAAAGUACCACUUCCGGUUAUCGGAAAUCGCUCAAAAGUUGAUACGUAUCUACGAUUUUGAUAAAAUACUUAUAUAUGAAAUUUCAUCAACCUAGCUGUAACGGUACUCAAGUUAUCGUGUUUACACAUACACACAGACACACAGACAGACACACACACAGACAUACGGACAAGAUUGCAAAAUUAUGUUUUUCCGUAUCAGUGAGGUGUAAAACGUCGAGAUUUGUAAAAAUCUCGAUUUUUUUUUUUUGCACGAUUACAAGACUUUCUCUAUACUUCGUAUAUACGAGAAAGUAAAAAUGAAUAGUUCUUGCAUUUAAAUGAACUGAGCAAAAGAGUAUUAGAAAGUAGAUACUAUAGUUAUGUUCAUAAAAAUCCUUUAUGGUUGGGUUAGGGUUCACCCAACUUUGACUCCUUUUCUAAUGAAGCAAUUUCUGUUUUGAUAACAACACAAUAACAUAUAAUUUGUUAAUCUGGUUAGUAGUAUAGAUGCCUUUUAAUACAAGUUAAAAGUACUAAGAAAAUUUCUAAUUUAUUUUAUUCAACUUUAUAGUUAAAAACAUUUUCAUUUCAACUUUAAAAUACAUAUUUAUGUAUCUAUCAAUGUUUUCUUAAUUCUUGUAAUGUGCAUGAAUCUUAAAUUAAAUAGGAAAUCUUGCAUGAUACUAAAACAAAAUCAUUCAACUAUUUCUCCUUAAGCUAAGCCUAUAAUUUUUCUAUGUCAAGAGCUCUUAGAAAACAAGAUGGGUAUGUCCAGUCAAACAAGGCCAUUUUGUUUUUGGCAUAAAUCUUAAAUUUUCAGGACUAUGAAAUACAAGUUUGGCCAAAACUCUAAAAUGAAUGAACGGCCAAAACUGUGGAAUGUAUGGUUGUCUCCUCACUGGAUGGUCUGUAUAUCCCAAUUGAUCACAUGUAAACCAGAACAUUGUGUUGGUGCAGUAUUAAAUACAGCGGACAAAUUUGUGUAACUUAUUCCUUGUGGUAACUUUUUAAACUGCCAGUAGUCCAUUGUAUAACAAAACUAUAAUAUAUUUUUAAAAAUCAAAUUGGUUUUUCUCCCUGCUAUAACUCAUAUAAAACUGGUGGCUAUUUAUUGUUGUUACAAGCUUUACUAGCUUGUCCAGUUUCCUCAAGUUUUAUGUGUGUGUAUUUGUCUUCAGUAAAUGGUCAGUUUCAUCAAGUUUAUUAUGUGUUUAACUGGUCAGUUUCAUGAAGUUUUACUUGUGUGUAGGCUUACUUAUCAAACAAGCUGAAAGUGAUUUGGAUUUCUAGCUAAUUCAGGUUGUGACAUUCAAUGUCUAAGUGUUUUUGUUUAAAAAAAAUUUAAAUAUGUUUUUAGAGUUUUUUGAGAGCAGGGUGGGGGAAGGAAACUCUAGAAUAGAACUCUGUGCUCCACUCUCAUUUUAUUUAUUUGUUGUCAUGUUCCUAGUAUGUAACAUUUUUUUUCAUGUGAAGUAACAUAUAUGUAACAUAUAUUUGAUGUGAGGUAUUCACAAUGUAAAUUUGAUGUGAUGUUUUCAAUAUGUAAAUUUGAUGUGAUGUUUUCACAAUGUAUAUUUGAUGUGAUGUUUUCAAUAUGUAAGUUUGAUGUGAUGUAUUCACAAUGUAAAUUUGAUGUGAAGUUUUCAUAAUGUAAAUUUAAUGUGAAGUUUUCACAAUGUCCUGUAGCCCCACUGGACUCACCCAAUAAAUGACUGCCACUGCCAA